CGAGAAGGUGUGAUUGAUUCGUCGCGACGGAAACCUAAUCGAUUAGGGGGUGGAGAGUGGUUGUUCUCACCGGGAAUCAAUACGCCUGAAACCAUCUCCGAUUACCGGGGUGCAGUCUACAAGGAUCGCUUGGUGCUCAAAAGGACGAGACUUUCUGCUAUUCUCUCGAUUACGAUUCGUUGUAUAACCAGACGCUUGGAUUAGGGCUUGAAGGGUCGUUGGGCUAUUGUUGUAUGAUUACAAAAGUGUUUAGCUUUCAGUUUGAUUUGUUUUGAUUUUAGCAAAGGCUUUUUGAUUUUGUAUUCUGUGUAUGAUCAACAACUUUCUCUCCAUUUGUAAUUUUCUCCCAGUUUACCAUUAUUCGAAAUAUCCAGCAAAAUUCUUCGUUGAGAAAAAAAAAAGAAUCAAAUUUUUAUAUGCUCGUAGGAAUCUAAUAGAAAAUUUGAGAGAAAAAAUAAGAUAAGAAAAAAAAAAACAGGAAAAAAAGAGAGGAAGGAAGAAAGUAAGAUUGAUGGCGAAUGUCCAGCAGAAUGGGCAAAGGUAUGGUAUUACAGAACCUAUCUCUUUGGGAGGACCAACGGAGCUUGAUGUGAUCAAGACACGAGAGCUCGAGAAGUACUUGCAAGAUGUUGGAUUGUAUGAGGGGAAGGAGGAAGCUGUUAGAAGGGAGGAGGUUCUAGGCAGACUAGAUCAGAUUGUAAAAACAUGGAUUAAAACAAUCAGCCGUGCUAAAGGUUUGAAUGAUCAGCUGCUUCAUGAGGCGAAUGCAGAGAUAUUUACUUUCGGUUCUUAUCGUCUAGGGGUACAUGGACCUGGUGCUGAUAUAGACACGUUAUGUGUGGGGCCUAGACAUGCGACUAGAGAAGGUGAUUUCUUUGGUGAGCUACAUAGGAUGCUGUCUGAAAUGCCUGAAGUAACUGAGUUGCACCCUGUUCCUGAUGCUCACGUUCCCUUGAUGGGAUUCAAACUUAAUGGAAUUUCUAUUGAUCUUCUAUAUGCACAACUUCCGCUCUGGGUUAUACCUAAGGAUUUAGAUAUAUUACAUGAUUCCAUUCUACAGAAUGCUGAUGAGCAAACUGUUCGAAGCCUUAACGGUUGUAGAGUUACUGACCAGAUCUUGCGUCUGGUUCCCAACAUUGAGAAUUUCAGGACAACAUUAAGAUGCAUGAGGUUUUGGGCUAAGCGACGUGGAGUAUACUCUAAUGUCUCUGGAUUUCUUGGUGGUAUAAACUGGGCGUUGCUAGUAGCUCGGAUAUGUCAACUUUAUCCUAACGCACUCCCGAAUAUGUUAGCGUCUCGGUUCUUCAGGGUCUACACUCAAUGGCGUUGGCCAAAUCCUGUCCUUCUCUGUUCUAUGGAUGAAGGAUCCCUCGGUCUUCAAGUUUGGGAUCCUAGACGAAACCCAAAAGACAGGUUGCAUAUGAUGCCCAUCAUUACUCCCGCUUAUCCUGGUAUGAACUCAAGUUAUAACGUCUCUGCAAGUACAUUGCGGAUUAUGACAGGAGAGUUUCAGAGAGGCAAAGAUAUAUGUGAGGCUAUGGAAGCAAACAACGCUGACUGGGAUACCCUUUUUGAGCCAUUUGCAUUCUUUGAAGCUUAUAAAAACUAUCUUCAGAUCGACAUCUCUGCUGCAAAUGUAGAUGAUCUAAGAAAAUGGAAAGGCUGGGUUGAGUCACGUCUCAGACAGCUCACACUGAAGAUUGAGAGACAUACUUACGACAUGCUGCAAUGCCAUCCUCAUACACACGAUUAUCAAGACGCAUCCAGACCACUCCAUUGCUCUUACUUCAUGGGUCUGCAGCGUAAACAAGGUGUUCCAGCAGCAGAAGGCGAGCAAUUCGAUAUCAGAAGAACCGUUGAGGAGUUUAAACACACUGUUAACGGUUACAUGCUGUGGAUUCCCGGAAUGGAGAUUAGUGUCAGCCAUAUAAAGCGAAGAAGUAUUCCUAGCUUUGUGUUUCCUGGUGGAGUCAGACCUUCACAUACCUCUAAAGGAACAUGGGACAGCAAACGCCGUUCAGAGAACAGGAUUUCUACUACAGCGAGUGCAGCUACUACUACUACAACAAAUGAAGCGAGUUCUGAAAGUAAAGGUGGUUCUAACAGCUCAGAAGAUGGGAAGAAGCGAAAACGAGGAGACGAUGAGACACUCACGGGUCAUUUAAGGAACUCUAAACACGUUGCAGUUGCAAUGCCUGUAGAGAAUGGUGAAGGCGGGAGCCCGAAUCCAUCCAUUUGCUCUAGUCCUCUGAAAGAUUGUUGUUCAAACGGUAAAUCUGAUCCUAUCAGUAAGGAUCCACCAGAGAAUGUUGUUCUUUUCAGUAAGGAUGCAGCAGAGACUCACCCAAUAGAGAAGAUAGCCACUCCUCAAGCUCCUAGUGAAGAAACGGAGGAGCUUGAAGACAGUUUUGAUUUUGGAAACCAAGUGAUUGAGCAGAUUUCAAAUAAGGAUACAGUCUUGGCGGCUAGUGCAACGAUACCUACAUUUGACGCCACUACUUCAAAUGGCUCACCAUUCUCUUAUGAAGCAGUAGAAGAACUCGAGGUUCUUCCAAUGGGACAGCCCGAGGUGACGCAUAGAGCUUCCGUGCAACAGCGCAAACCGAUAAUCAAAUUGAACUUCACGUCUCUAGGCAAAGCCAACGGCAAGUAA